GUGGUUCUUCCUCUUCUUCACCGGCUGGUGCUUCAGUCAUACUUUCACAAAAACAACGGCUGUUGUUUAAUAAAGGAUAAAAUUGAUGCCAUCACAUCUACAACAUCCCCUUCGUGAAGUCUCACUUUUAAUAAUAAGUAGUUUAUAUUGGAAAGUAAAAUAUGGAUUUUAAUGUUAAGAGAUUUGCAGCGGACGCUGGUACUUUAUUCAGCCGGGCGGUGCAAUUCACAGAAGAAAAACUUGGCCAGGCUGAGAAGACUGAGUUGGAUGCACAUUUGGAAAAUCUCCUUACCAGAGCUGAAUGCACCAAACAAUGGACAGAGAAGAUUUUGAAGCAAACAGAAGUACUACUGCAACCAAAUCCAAAUGUCAGAAUAGAAGAGUUCUUUUAUGAAAAACUAGACAAGAAGGUCCCAACACGUAUGAACAACCAUGAACUUCUGGGUCAGUCAAUGAUCGACUCCGGGACUGAAUUCGGGCCGGGAACAGCCUACGGAAAUGCUCUGAUAAAGUGCGGUGAGACAGAGAAUCAGAUCGGAGGAGCGGAGAGAGAGUUAAUUCAAAGCUCAGCCAUCAAUUUUCUCACGCCUUUCCGCAACUUUCUAGAAGGAGACUACAAGACUAUAUUGAAAGAGCGCAAACUGCUUCAGACCAAACGACUGGACCUGGAUGCUGCAAAGACCAAGUUUAAGAAAGCCAAAAUGGCUGAUGCCAGAGCUCUGGCAGAGCAGGAUCUGAAGAUGACACAGAGUGAAUUUGACAGACAGGCAGAGAUCACCAGGCUUCUCCUAGAGGGGAUCAGUAGUACACAUGCCCAUCAUCUUCACUGUCUAAAUGACUUUGUGGAGGCUCAGAUGACAUAUUACGCCCAGUGUUACCAGUACAUGGUAGAUCUCCAAAAGCAGUUAGGAAACUUCCCGUCGGCUUUCUCUUCCAACAACAACCAGUCGGCAGUCAGUGGAGGGGCAAGUGUCGCAGUGCCUAUCCUGCCACUAUCAGCCCCUCUUUCUACUGCCACAGGGAACACUUCGUCAGGUUUUACUGAGCUGCAGAAAUUCAGUGGGAGUCGUAAAGCACGGGUGCUCUAUGAUUAUGACGCCGCGGGCAGCAACGAACUUUCCUUAUUGGCAGAUGAGGUGAUCAUGGUGAGUAGCGUGCCAGGCAUGGACUCUGAUUGGCUGAUGGGUGAGCGUGGGAACCAAAAGGGCAAAGUGCCCAUAACCUACCUGGAGCUACUAAAUUAAGAAAAACAAUGAGUGUCAUUGGAACCAAAACACAGAAAAGUGUAAUCCAGCAGUGCUGUGUACAUAUACAAGACAUGCCCUAUAAUGCAACUAUGAUGUGUUGUGCUGCUCCCAUGCAACAGUAUUUUACUGAACAUCACGCCUUGCAUUCCCAGUAUGGGAAAAGGAUCUAACCGCAAAACUGUUUACAAAUGAAUUAAUGCAGAAUAUUUUUUAAUGAACUUAAUGGGAUGUUAAAACAGCCAACUUGCCUUUUUAUAUACAAAAAGUGACUUAUUUUUAAGCAUUUACAACAAGAGUGUUUACAAAAACAAAGUAUUAAGGCAGAUCGUCAAAUUAUAGCACAGUUUUAUGCAUUUUAAAGUGGCUUUGAUUAUGCACACAAACUUUAUUUCAGGUUCUGGAACAUUUCAAAGGAAUUCUUUUAGAUAACAUACUGAGGUGGAAACUGAAUAUGCCAUAAUUUAUUUUCAGGGUUAUAUUCUCUGUUUAGCUGAUAUGUGCCUCAAUUAUUAUCUUCUGCCGUUUACAUUUAUUUUUAUUGCAUUUAAAGUUUAAGCACACAAAAAAAUGCUUUUUUGCACGCAGCCAGCCUUUCCUGUUACAUAUUAUGAAACUGUCCCUUUUAUAUUUACAAAGACAUACAGAGCAGCUUUACUUUUAAGAAGCACAUUCGCACAGUAUGUACUGUAUUAUUUUCUACAUAAUUAUGGAGCCAGUUGUUUAAGAUAAAACUUAAUUUCAUGACAUGAAAAAAUAUGUUUACGGAAAACUACCUUUUUGUACCUUUGUGCAUUUACAAUCAUGAUGAGGUUAAUGCAUUUUAAAUUGUGUACAAAAAGAAAACAUUGGAGAUAAGUGCUAAUUUUACACAUUGUCAAAGUGCCAUCCUCUAUCUAAUUAAAGCACAUUUGUUUACUCUGUUUAUAAAAAAAGAAUGAACUGCUUAAUAAGAUUAAUUACUACCAUAGAUUUAUAAGCAAUUGUUUUUAUUAUAU